AUGAAGUAUCUUGUUCUCUUCGGAUUGUCGAUUCUGAUUUCUAAUGCCUUGAGUUUUGAAAACUCUAUUGAAAACCAUGAAAAAGAAAAAAGGUCUAUAUUUGGAUACUGCUAUCCGUCCACUGGAUUGAGAAGAUCAAAAUGUACAUCAAGAGCAAAGUAUUGGUGGAAAACAACUUAUUAUUUCUGCAACAUUAGAUGUCGAGUUAACGGGGGUUGGAGUAGAUGGAGUUCUUGGGGAGGAUGGGGAUCCUGUUCUGGGAACGCAUGCAUUGGUCAGCAGCAAAGACAAAGAUGGAGGCGAUGUACCAAUCCAACACCGAAAAAUGGGGGACGAAGAUGUUAUGGAACCUCUAGGCAGACAUCAUCCAAACCAUGUUUGCGAAAGGUCAAUGGAAGGUGGAGUUCGUGGAGAUCUUGGCAAAAAUCUGGUUCAUGUUCAAGGACAUGUGGACAAGGGUCAAUAUUAACCACAAGAGAGAGAACAUGCUCCAACCCAAGACCAAGGUGUGGUGGACGAUACUGCUAUGGAGCACCUAAACAGUAUUCCUUGAAAACUUGCUUUCUGAGACACUGUAAAGUAAACGGAGGAUGGGGCCCUUGGCAUUCAUGGAGUAAAUACAAUACAUGUUCAAAAACAUGCGGAACUGGUAAAAGAAUAAGGUAUAGGGAAAGAAACUGCAACAAUCCCGUCCCAAAAUACGGUGGACGUACAUGCCUUGGGAAGAAUAGAGAAAGGGACUCAGCCCUAUGUAACACUCAACACUGUCCACUGAAUGGUAAAUGGAGUGAAUGGGGUAAUUGGGGUCACUUCCGGCACUGUUCAGAGACGUGUGGUCAUGGUGUAAGGUAUCGUUACCGGUACAGGGAAUGUAACAAUCCAGAACCAGAGCACGGCGGAAAGAAAUGUCCCGGAUCAUUGAAGGAUGAAGAAUUCAAACGCUGUCUCCUUCGAGUUUGUCCAAAGGAUCAAGGAAAUUCCAAGAACUCAAAUGCAAACACAUAUUUUACUAAAGCACAAAAAGCAAAGGACUUUUCCUUGACGCCCGACUCUGGAUUAAACAAAACAGAAAACUCGUCUUCCGAUUCAACUAAAAAUAAAGAUGUUGAUUUGUUGACAAACAAUAUCCAUUUAAAGAUAAACGAAACGUUCGGCGAAUUAAAAACCAACGGAUCAAUGAAUGAAUCUAGAUUUAAACUACCUACAGCUCAAAAUAAUACAAAAGAACCUUCAUAA